UCAAAGUCUGCUUGUCUGUGUAUUCCUACCUUGUGCAGGUUUUUCUUAGUGUGUUCAGCCAGACGAUGACGACGAUGUCACUGCUCCAGUGUGUCGCACUCUCUCUCCUGAUUGGCUCUGUGUGCUGCAACCCUAUACAGGUUUUCUCAGAGCCGGGCAUUUACGAUGAGGGAGAACUGAUGGGUGCAUUAGAGGGCUAUGAGCCUGAGAUGUCUAACAUGGUUGAAGAGGCAGAAGACUAUGAAGAUGUGCCUGAUGAUGACAUGCCCAGUCUAUCAGACAUUGAAGAGGCAGAAAAUGCUGAUUUGGAUCAGAUAAAUCCUACCAUUACAUACGGAGACAUCGCUGUGAACCCCAGAACCCGAAACGCUCACCCGUGCACUGCAAGGGGCUGCAAGUGGCCGAAACAUUCUAAUGGAUUAGUGUACGUGCCUGUGGAGAUUUCAUCCCGCUACAAUGAAGCAGAGAAGAGCGUCAUCCUAAAUGGCCUUGCAAGCUUUUACAGAACCACCUGCAUCCGGUUUGUGUGGCGGAAAACGUCACAGGAUUACUUAUCCUUCAUACCGAAAGAUGGGUGCUGGUCGUACUUGGGCCGUCAGGGAGGGAAGCAGGAAGUGUCCCUUCAAAGAUCCGGCUGUAUCUAUCAUCAGACAGUGCAGCACGAAGUUCUCCAUGCUCUCGGCUUCCACCACGAGCAGGUCCGCAGUGACCGUGAUAAACACGUCACUAUCCUAACAAAGAACAUCAUCCCAGGAAAGGAAAGAAACUUUGAAAAAACUGCAACCAACAAUCUUAGGACUCCAUAUGACUACAACUCUGUGAUGCAUUAUGGGAGGUUUGCUUUCUCCACUGAAAGGGGUAAGCUGCCAACCAUUGUGCCAAAGCCAAACCCCAAUGUACGGAUAGGCCUUGCCACCCAAAUGAGCUCCAAUGACAUUCUGAGGGUCAACAGACUUUAUAAUUGCUAGGCCUGUUACUAAAACUGUACAAAGAAAAGGACACAGAGAGCCCACAGGAUACUACAGAUGCACCAAAUAUUAAACUAUUUGGCAAAAAGAUGCUUCUGUGAUUGGCCGAAAAAAUUAAUUAAUUUAUACCGGACUAUUUAUAACUGUUUUUAAAAGUCAUAUAUUAUGUUGUAUAUUGAGUAAUAAAUAUGUAUUUUAAAUGAUAGAUUUGUAAUAACAACACAAAAAUACAUUUACACUAUAAAUUAAUGCAAUAAUGGAAAAAAUGGCAAAAUAACUACACUUUUUUGUUUUUAAAUGUGUUCAGUAUUCUGUAUUUAAAUUUUGGGCAA